UUAGUAAAGAUGAGGUUGAGUGGCGUCCUGGCGUGUUUGCUAGUGAUGUGUGCUGAUGUCUGCCGGGGGGACACACCAGCCAACUGCACCUACGAAGACCUGCUGGGGACUUGGAUGUUCCAGGUGUCCAAGGGGGGCCACGAUAAAGACAUCAACUGCUCCGCUGCAGCCACAAGCGAGAACACGAUGGCGGUGACGCUGGAGAAACUUUCCGUGGCCAAAGACGAGGUGGGAAACCUGGGCUUCUUCACUCUGGUUUACAACCAGGGCUUUGAGGUGGUCAUCAACGGCUACAAGUGGUUUGCCUUCUUCAAGUACACUGAAGACGGCGGUCAGGUGACCAGCUACUGUGACCGUACUCUCCCGGGGUGGGCGCACGACGUCCUGGGCAACAACUGGGCCUGUUUUGUUGGCAAGAAAGUGGAGCCAGUGGCCCCGCAACUUGACUACAAACCUGUCACCAGCACCAGGCUCCUUCACAGGACGUUCACACCCAACCAGGACGUCAUUGAGGCCAUCAAUUUGGUCCAGGACUCCUGGAGGGCGGUCUCGUAUCCGGAAUAUAAGACGUACUCGCUGAGAGAGCUGCACUCUCGAGCAGGAGGUCCCGCCUCCCGCAUUCCUGUGCGCGGUGCACCUCGGCCUGCGCCGCCUCACGUCGCCAAGCUAGCGGCGGCGCUGCCUCAGCACCCUCAGCACUGGGACUGGAGGAACGUGAGCGGCGUCAACUUUGUCAGCCCCGUACGAAACCAAGCGUCAUGCGGCAGCUGUUACUCCUUCGCCUCCAUGGGAAUGUUGGAGGCUCGCAUCCGCAUCCAAACCAACAACACCCACACGCCCAUCCUCAGCCCCCAGCAGGUGGUCUCCUGCUCCGAGUAUUCUCAAGGUUGUGACGGCGGCUUCCCGUACCUGAUGGGAAAGUACGUGCAGGACUUCGGUAUCGUGGACGAGUCCUGCUUCCCCUACGUGGGCAAGAACACGGCGUGCGGCGCGCUGCAGAAGUGCGGCCGCACCUACGUGGCGGAGUACAGCUACGUGGGGGGGUUCUAUGGUGGAUGCAGCGAGGCGGCCAUGAUGCUGGAACUGGUCCAAAACGGCCCCAUGGCGGUCUCCUUUGAGGUGUACCCCGACUUCAUGCACUACAAGGAGGGCAUCUACCACCACACGGGCGUCUACGACCCCUUCAACCCCUUCGAGCUGACCAACCACGCCGUGCUGCUGGUGGGCUACGGCCGCUGUCACAUGACCGGCCAGAGCUACUGGCUGGUCAAGAACAGCUGGGGCGGCGGCUGGGGCGAGCGCGGCUACUUCCGCAUCCGGCGGGGGAGCGACGAGUGUUCCAUCGAGAGCAUCGCAGUCGCCGCCAGACCCAUCCCAGGACUCUAGUGGACGCACACGCCUUCAAGGUGCCCAGUCAAGUUUUCUACUUUUAUUUUUUAAUCAACAAUGAUUUUAACGGGGAUUAAAUUAUCGUAUUUCCGCAUAUAAGCCACACCCACUAAAUUUUAGAACAAAAAAAUGUCUCAUUAUAUUAACCGCAUAUAUAUAUGCGUUGUUAAAUUACUUAUUUACACAAAAAUAUUUUGUAAAUGUUUAUUUACAUAUUUUAGUUGUUUCCAAACGGUGUCUGUGACAGGGCAGUAAAACGGCCGAUCAAACAAAACAGAAGUCAUGGUCAUGGACCCACUAGGUGACGUUUUGCUGGAUUUACCGAGGAAUUUGUGAAAGUGAAACAAUACAAAACGUGAGUUAAUAAUACCAACACAGACACUCGUAGACGUGUUAGCAUAUUAGCGAACGCUAACGACGUUAGCUUGAUUACAUUACGAUGACGCAUGCAUGAAAACACUCACACAGACAUCACACAUGGGACGUUUUAGUACGUAAGGAUUGUUUUAGUUAUAUUGUAAAACUUACAAGUGUCGCUUGGAGGGAUGAAUGCAGAAUCCAUACGAGUAGAAACGCUGUGGACGGCUAGAAGAGGGAACGGAACUCCUACUUCCGGUUGAAAGCUCAGUCCAAACAGAAGGGCACAAACUUGUCUAAAAGAUGGCGCCGUAGUACAAACAACUUUUCAAUGGUUUUUUUGUUAUAUUUUAACUAUUUGCAUUGAGGCCGUCAGCAAAUAAAAAUCCACAUAUUAGCCGCACCGUUUUAUAAGCCGCAGGGUUCAAACGUAGGAAAAAAAGUAGAGGCUUAUAGUCAGGAAUUUACAGUACACAUUUAGAAAAUGAUGUCAUUUCCUAACGUAUCUGCAGUAAUAAUCACAUGUCUUUGGCAUCUGCUGGUCAGAAUCUUCAUGUUUGUCUCAGGGAAGGCUUAGUUAGACAUGGCUUCAAAGUGGUAUCAAAAUGGCUUCCAAGUGGUAUCAAAAUGGCUUCCAAGGUAUCAAUCAUAGCAAUAAAGGGAUCUCAAUGAAACCUACAAUUGUUAUUUCUUUGGAAAUGUCCUCGCACUUCUUCGACACUGCAGUCCUUGCGGCUUCUUCUGACCUUCAAGGCGAACAUCUGACCAGGCUGCAGGCCAAAGUGGCAGCUUGUGACUCCCAGUAGUUCCUUCUUGUCCUGCACUCAGUGGACCAACAUGCACCGCAAACACAAACAUUGCAACACGGGUGUGCAACGUGCGGCCCGCAGCUCCUUCUUUAACACAUUUAAAAACACUAUGUAAAAAAAAAAAAGUUUAAAGAGAAAACAGGAGAAAUUUAAUGAGAAA